UUUAGUUUCACUUUGCACUGUACAACAAUGAGAUCAUUACUGCUCAGCUUUAGCUUUUGCCUCUUGCUCUUUGUCGCCUCUUCCGAGGCACUGCGUCUGCGUGGCGAACAGCAGCCAGCUCAAAGGGCAGCUAAUAGCGUUCGCUAUGCCUCCCGACUUGAUGCGUCAUCACCUCAAGGACGUGUGGUUGGCGGCAGCACGGUUAACAUUGGAGAAUGGCCCUGGAUGGUUUCCAUCCAGAAUCAAUAUGGUAUGGACUUUUGCGGUGGCGUCGUGAUCAAUGAAACGUGGAUUCUGACAGCAGCCAGCUGCGUUUCCGGUUUGCGUGCCCGCAAUGUGAUCGCUGUCACCGGCACCGUGGACACUUACAACUUCUCUUCCCCAUACUACCUUGUGGAUGAAAUCCACAUUCAUUGCAACUUUGAUAAGCCGUUGUAUCACAACGAUAUUGCUCUGCUGCAUGUGAAUGAGAACAUUGAACUGAACGACGAGACAGCAAUCAUUCCUCUCAACGAGAUCGAUGAGUUGCAGGAGGGCGAGAAGUUAUCCUUUGCCGGCUGGGGCACCCCAUCUGCCGAUGGCACUCGCUCGAGGUACUUGCUAAAGUCCGACGGCACCUACAUUGAUGUGGAGAAGUGUCGCAGCGAACUGGGCGACACCGAGGAUGUGGAUCUGGGACAUGUUUGUGUGCAAAUGGCAGCGGGCAAGGGCACCUGUCAUGGCGACACCGGCGGACCGUUGAUCAAUGAGCAGGGCGAACUUGUGGGCAUUGGCAAUUGGGGUGUACCGUGCGGUCUUGGCUAUCCGGAUGUUUAUGCCCGCGUGGCCUUCUACAGCGAUUGGAUACGCACCAUCAUCAACGGCUGUGGCAUUGCUUAGAUUACCAACACUUUACUUAUCGAAACACAUGAUUUUCAGCUUGUUGUGCUGCAAUAAAUGCUAUGCGAUUUUUACGA